UCUGACAUAAUUUUGUAAUAUGGCUUAAUAAGAAGAUUUUUGUUUCUGAUCAGCUAAGGAAAGUUGAAAGAGGAAGAAAACACUAGGCCCUACUCGUUUAAGCGAGACAAGGUUGGGAAUGCAGUAAUAGUCUACGGAGAUUUUAUGAAAUAAAAUCGACAGCAAUGUGCGAGAGUUCUGUCUGCUUCGUAAAAAAGGAAUAAAAACAAACUCCCCGCACAUAUCUGAUGUAAAACGCCGAGCUCGCUUAGCUCUGCCAGGUCAUAUAUAAAACUCGGGUACAUCUCAUUAAGCAUUACACCCAGAAAAACUGCAUAUGACGACACAUUUCCCUUAGUGGCGAAUAUUUUGUCUGUUAAAUCAUGUCGUCUAAUAUUUUUUGUUCUAUAUCCAAUAAUUUAUCGGCCCAACUGAAUGGAUUGUGUAAAAAUCUUUUUCGUGCAGUCUUCUGUAUCGUAGGUUGGCGCAUUGCCAUUGGCAUUGGUUUAAAAAGCUGACGGCGGUUGGUUGUAAUAAGGAAUAAGUAAUUAUAAAUUACUAUAAUUGCUUUAGUUACCAGAGAGGUUUAAAAAGAGAUCAUCUCAUAAAUUCUACUAAUACAUUAUUUGUGAAGUUGAUCAACACGCUCGUUUGUGUUUUCUUGAUUACUCGCUCAUUUCCAACAAUAUAUAUAAAUUUUAGUGGCAGAGCUAUGGCAGCUAGAGAUAUGUUUUUAUACUGGGUAUCGGGCAGCGCUCCAUGUUGGAGGGCUAUGAUUGUGUUGGAAGAGAAGGGUUUAGCAGGAUAUGGAAAUAAAUUAAUUUCUAUCACUAAAAAGGAGCAAAAAUCAGAAGAAGUUAUAAAGAUAAACCCACGUGGACAGGUACCAACAUUCAAACAUGGUGAUAUUAUACUGAAUGAGUCGAAAGGAAUUUGUCAUUACUUGGAGAAUCAGUUCAAGAAACAAGGUACGCAAUUAAUUCCUGAUGAUGCAACAAAACAAGCACUUGUCUUGCAAAGAAUGUAUGAGAGUGAAAAUAUUUUCGAUAAAAGUAUUAAAGCGAUCAUGGUUUAUUACUUCACCACGGAGAAAGAAGAUAUUGAUGAAGAGUAUUUAAAAAAGAAGCGUGAAGAAUUAGCGAAAGAGUUGGAAAUAUGGGAGAAGUAUUUAGAGGGUAAUUUUAUCGCUGGUCCUGAUUUUACCAUGGCCGAUAUUUAUGUCUUCACCUAUCUUGCAGUAUUGGUUCGUGGAAGUUUGACAUUGGAUGCAAGACCAAAUAUCAAGAAAUACUACGAGAGCUUAUGCAAACGACCUUCUAUUCAAGCUUCAUGGCCACCACAUUACAAGGAAAGCCCUCCUACGCAGAUCUUUGCUGGUGUUUAAUGAUUUUCUGUUAAAUUUUUUUUUGCUGCAUUAAUAUUUACAUUUUAUUAUAUAUUCCCAAUCUUAGGCUCUUUAAUACAGUAAAUAGAUUAGACCUCUCUACGAAUUAUAUUUUCUACUCAGAAGUUGCUUUUAUUUGUAAAAAGUUAUUUGUUUAACUAUGUUAUUUUUCAA